AUGGCAGCUGUGCCCGUGGAGCAACGUGCUGGAACAUUCCCUGAAGCGCCAGGAGGGGUGAACGUGACCAGUAGGCUUGGAUUUUGUGGCCAGCGGACUCUGAUUUGCUGCCUGCGGACUCUGAUGACGCAGCUGUGCAAGACCCCGGGCCUGGGGAGGAGAUUGUUCCCGAAGCAGCGCGUGACUCCGUGGGAAGCCCGCGCAGGGAAGGGCUGUAGGGGAUCCUUCCUUCUUCCUGAGGAGAUCUACACUAAAGCCAUUAUGUCGCGACAAGUAUCAAGGAGCCAAGAAGUCCUGCAAAGCUAUGGAGCAGCUUAUGAGAGAGAGCUUUAUACCACAAACGUGGUGGUGGAAAUUGGAGCUGGUCUUCUCGCUCCCCAUCCUGCAUUCUGGGCAUCUGUACCUGGAGUGUGGUAUUGCCUGCAAAUCAGUAGGAAGAUCAAACAGCCUUUCAGCCAGCUGCUCAACAUUGGUCACUGCCUUUGGAGAACGAUGAACCCAUCAGCAGAGCUGAGUGCUGCUGUACAUCACCCAGCACAUGCCAGAGCCUAUGGAAUCAACAGCAUCCUCUACCAGCGGGGCAUCUACCCCCCCGAGACCUUCACCCGCGUCCAGAAGUACGGGCUCACCCUCCUCGUCACCACCGACCCCGAGCUGAAGAACUACCUCAACAACGUGGUGGAGCAGAUGAAAGAGUGGCUGUACAAGUGCAUCGUGCAGCGCCUGGUGGUGGUCAUCUCCAGUACCGAAAACAACGAGGUCCUGGAGCGGUGGCAGUUUGACAUAGAGUGUGACAAAACUGCAAAAGAUGAGACUGCACCACGAGAAAAAUCCCAGAAAGCUAUUCAGGAUGAAAUUCGCUCUGUAAUCAGACAGAUAACUGCCACAGUAACUUUUCUGCCACUGUUGGAAACUGCCUGUGCCUUUGACUUGCUGAUAUACACGGAUAAAGACUUGGCAGUGCCAGAGAAAUGGGAAGAGUCAGGACCACAAUUCAUAGCCAAUUCAGAAGAGGUCCGUCUGCGGUCCUUCACUACUACAGUCCACAAAGUCAGUAGUAUGGUGGCUUACAAAAAGGAUUCUUUCCCCUGA